AUGGCGAAGCCAGCUUCUUCAGUCCGCUCAGUGGAAGCACCAUUCACCGAAGAAGGAUGGCUCAUCAAUGCCCAGGAUGGAAUCAAUCAGGAGCACAACUUGGGUCUCUUCAGAGCCCUCAAGAUGUAUCCUAAGGCUGUAUUCUGGAGCAUAGUCAUGUCCACAUCAAUUGUGAUGGAAGGCUAUGAUACCAUGUUGAUAGGUAGCUUGAUUGCUCAACCGGCCUUCCAGAAGAGAUACGGGCUCCAUCUCCACGGCAGCAAAUAUGAGAUACUGGCAUCGUGGCAGGCUGGCCUAAAUAACGCCUCUGGCUGUGGCCAGCUGGUCGGUCUUCUCAUUGCUGGUUAUGUGAGCGAACGGUUGGGAUUUCGCAAGACGAUGACUCUAGGCCUUGGUCUCACGUCUGCCACAGUCUUCAUAAUCUUCUUCGCUCCUACUAUCGGUAUUUUGACCGCCGGAGAAUGUCUGUUCGGUAUACCACUGGGGCUUUUUCAAACAAUCCCUGUUGUCUAUGCAAUGGAGAUUUCGCCUAUGUGUCUUCGUCCAUAUCUAACUACUUACGUCAACUUUUGCUGGGCUAUUGGCCAUCUCAUCGGCGCAGGGAUUCUUCGCGGCACUCUGAGCUUAGACAACGAAUGGUCUUACAGAAUUCCUUUUGCAAUCCAGUGGUUUUGGCCAUUGGUCUUGAUACCGCUCCUCUAUUUCGCUCCCGAAUCUCCCUGGUGGCUUGUUCGACAAGAUCGAUUGCAGGAGGCGAAGGACACGCUCAAACGGCUCACUUCGGUUAAUGAAGUUGAUUUCAACAUCGAGAAGGCAGUUUUUCUGAUAGUGGUCACAACUACCCAUGAGCGUGCAGUCAAUGCGAGCACAACUUAUCUUGCAUGUUUCAAAGGAACCGACCUUACCAGAACCCUUAUCUCCAUUGGCGUCUACUGCAUCCAAACUCUGAGCGGCAAUCCACUUCGUGGCUAUUCGACCUUCUUCUUUGAGCACGCGGGUCUCUCAAGCACCGAGGCCUUCAAUAUGAGUAUCGGCAAUUAUGCCUUGGCUCUUUUUGGGAGCUUUUUCUCGGUGAGAUCUGUCCCAUAA